UCUGUCAGUUUGUCGAAUGAACAAAAAUCAUGAAUGAACUUUUAAUACGACACUUUACGUCAUUAUUUAUACUAUUUUUGUUUUGUAUCUUCAAAAAUAGGAGGAACAGAUUUUGAAAAGUUCCGUGAAUGUGAAUCCUAUCCUCUGUGACUACAAUCACACCAUGCCGCGAAAAUAUAAGCCAAAACCAGGUGGUAAAAAGUACAAAAAAUACGAUCCACUUUUAUUACGUCAAGCGACAGAGGAACUUACAAAUCCAGAUACGUCCAUAACAGAAAUUGCAAAAAAAUAUAAUAUAACAAAGUCUGUUUUAUACAGGCGAACAAAAAGGAAUAUGAAACCACAUGGAGGGCAAUUAGCACUUUCUUUAGAAGUUGAGGAGGAAAUUGUAAAACAUCUUGAGACACUUGUGGAAUGGGGAUAUCCUUUAAAUAUAUUAGAAUUACGAUACAUUAUUAAGAUGUACUUGGACACAUUAUCCAUUAAGAACAAACGAUUCAAAAAUAACUUUCCAGGGCCGGAUUACGUUAGUACUUUUCUGGAGAGACAUAAAAACAAACUUCCGGAAGCAUGCCAAAACCUCAAAAGGACAAAAACGAAGACUCUAUCAACAUCUGUGAUCAAUAAAUAUUUUGAGAAGCUGAAGAAUAGUCUUGUUGGUGUACCUCCAGAAAAUAUACUGAAUUAUGAUGAAACUCAUUUAUCCACCGAUCCUGGUCAUGCCAAAAUAAUUACAAAACCUAAUUUUAAGUACCCUGAACAACAAGUAGUCAAACAUUUGGAGUCCGUGUCUUUGAUGUUAGCUGGUACUGCCCAAGGAGAAUUGCUUAAACCCUAUGUAGUUUAUAAAGCAACACAUUUAAAGAAUACCUGGGUUAAAAAUGGUCCCAAAGGAGCUAAAUACAACACAUCAAAAUCUGGACGGUUCGAUGGCGAAAUAUUUAAAGAUUGGCUAGAAGAAGUGAUCAUACCACAUUUCAUAAAUAAACCUGGAAAAAAACUACUUAUAGGAGACAAUCUAUCAAGUCACUUGUCUAUUGAUUCAAUAAAAUUAUGUAAGGAACACGAUAUAAACUUCGCCUUUAUACCUGCUAAAUCAAUGCAUCUUACCCAACCUUUAGAUGUCGCCUUUUUCCAACGAAUAAACUGUAUUUGGAGACAAAUUUUACAAAAAUGGAAAAAUGAUUAUGGCCAACUUCUUACUUGCAUACCAAAUGAAUACUUUCCUCGAUCACUACAAUCACUCAUGGCACAACUGAAUAUUAAUGCAGCUUGCAACAUACUUUUAGGCUUUAGGAAAACGGGUAUAAAUCCCUUAGAUGUAAAUAAGGUUUUAUUAAGAUUACCACCAGAAAGAUAUAAAAAUAACAAGACAGAUGCAGUUAGGAGAACAGUUCUAAGCUUAUUAAAAGAAAUGCAAAAUGAUACAAAGAACAUAAAAACCAAACAAAAAAGAAAAUUAGAGGUAGCUGCAAGUAAAUAUCCUACUGCUGAUUGCUACAAAAAUGAACCAAUGAAUAAAACCAUAAAAAGAAAUAGAAGAGGUGAAAAGACAAAACAGUUGGAAUAUAACAAAGAACAACAAACAAAAAAUACAAUUGAAGAAUCACCCAAUUUCAUAGAUGAAGAUGAAGAAAUAUAUAUACUACAAGUAGGAAGUGAUAAAGAAUUAAAUCUAGAUAUUAACAUGAUUCCAAUUGUUGUAGCAGAUUUUAAUACAAUUGAAGAACAAAUAACAGUAGAAAAUAUGUGUACAGAAAUGAACAAUUUAGAUACACUAGAUAUCAACAAAGUGCCAGUAAUUAUAAUAGAAACAGAGAACUAUUCAAAUACCAUAAAAGAAAAAGAAACAAUACAAGAAACUGAAAUUAAAUUGAAUAAUGACAUUCUGGAAAGAAACUCUAUGAUUAUAAGUGACCAACUGGUCUACAAUGAAGAAGAAAUUAUAAUUGAAGAUGAAGAAAACAGUAAUCUUAAUUGGAAUGUAAGGUAGAAAACAGUACAAGAUAUCUGAAUAAUCUAUAUAGAUAUAUUAAAAAUGUAACUAGAGAAGUCUGUACAUAGAAGAUAUAUAUAAAAAGUUUAUAUGAAGAAUUUUAAUAAACGCAACAAAAACUGAAACAAUAAUUAUUAGAUUUUUUUUCUCAAUUUAUGUUUGUUCCAGUAUUAUGCAAAAACUACUGCACCAAAAUCAAUGUGACUUUUACAGUUGUAUCCCUAAAGGAACUUAUUAAACUGA